UUUGGUAAGAGUUAGAACAUGUUCUUUACUGCCUGAUGUCUCUGUUUGGUGCUCCAGCUCAGGUUUGUCCAAUGGGCCCAAUGCAAACUUGCUGACCAUUCCCAAGCAGAGGUCGUCCUCUGUUACCCUCACGUACCACGCGGGGCCCAGGAGAGCAGGCACAUCUCCCAGCCUGAGCCCCGUCACCUCACCAAGCCACAGCCCCCCUGCAGUCAGUACAGGUUCUUCAUCGUCCCUCGUCACUCGGUCCCCCGUGGAGUUCCCGGACACGGCUGACUUCCUGACAAAGCCGAGUGUCAAUCUGAACCUGCACAAGCCCUUGGGCUACACGCUCAGCUCGCCAGAUUUCCAGCAGGCCUUCCGUAGCUCCACCUUACCUCUCUGCACCAGCUGUGGGCGUCAGAUGCUCAAGGGAGUCUCCGGCGGCGAUGCAGGAGAAUCCCAUCAACCGUUCACCAGCGAGGCUCAGCGCCGGCGCUCAGGCGAAGGACUGGACUUCCCGGGGGAACCCCUGAUCAGGGAGGAGAGCGUGGAGGCGGACGUGUCCGGAGACGGGAAGCCGGACGUCGGAGGAAGCCAGGGGCUGGCGGACGAAGACAAGGAGAAGAGCACAGAGCAGCAGACUCAGGGAUCAGAGGGCGAGCAGGAGUUCAGGUUAGAUCCGAUGCUGGAGGACCACGAGGACCUCAUGGAGAGGAUGAACACCUGGAACUUCCAGAUCUUUGACCUGGUGGACAAGACGGGAGGGAAGACCGGAAGGAUCCUGAGCUAUGUGACGUACACCCUCUUCCAGGACAUGUGUCUGUUUGAAAUUUUCAAGAUCCCCGUGAAGGAGUUCAUGACGUACUUCUGUGCUCUGGAGAACGGCUACAGAGACAUUCCCUAUCACAACCGGGUCCAUGCUACUGAUGUGCUCCACGCUGUUUGGUACCUGACCACUCGACCAAUCCCUGGGUUCCAGCAGAUCCACAGUGAGCACGUGACGGGGAGCGACACAGAUUCGGACAGUGGAAUCUCUCCAGGCAGGAUAUCCUACGCCUCCUCCAAGAGCUCCUCCAUUUCAGACGACAGCUACGGCUGUCUGGCCUGGAACAUACCUGCCCUGGAGCUCAUGGCCCUUUAUGUAGCAGCUGCAAUGCACGACUAUGACCAUCCCGGUCGCACAAAUGCCUUUCUAGUAGCCACUAAUGCACCUCAGGCGGUGCUGUACAACGACCGCUCAGUGCUGGAGAACCACCACGCUGCGUCCGCAUGGAGCCUCUACCUGUCCCAGCCUGAGUUCAACUUCCUGGUCAACCUGGAUCACGUGGAGUUCAAGCGUUUUCGCUUCCUUGUCAUCGAGGCGAUACUGGCCACAGACCUCAAGAAGCACUUUGACUUCCUGGCUGAGUUCAAUUCCAAGGUGAACGAUGUGAACAGUCCAGGAAUUGAUUGGACCAAUGAGAACGACAGACUGCUGGUGUGCCAAGUGUGUAUCAAGCUGGCAGACAUCAACGGGCCGGCUAAAGUCCGUGACUUGCACCUCAAGUGGACAGAAGGCAUCGUCAAUGAGUUUUAUGAGCAGGUACAGACCGCAUGCUGACGCUGUGUUCAGGCAUCAUUGAUCAGUUAUCUCUAUAUGGAACUUGUAGAAAUAAUAAAACGACAUCUGAUUUUAUACCGUUGUUGUAAAAUGAGAGCACACCCUCAGAAAAGAAGACAGAACUUUUACACUUCAUCUCAUCUGAAGCUCAGCAACACAAUGAACAAACACAAAA